AUGCGCAUUUAUAUGUCUCUGCUUGUUGCGGGAUACUGCCUCCUUCUCGCGUCGGCCGCGCUCGCCAUCCAACUACCCUUCGGCCUCACGCCCACGACCGACAGCGACAACCUCGUCUCGAGCCCGCUUUCCGGGCAAUACCCAUCCGGAUUCACACUGCGGCAAGUAUUUCACCACGGCACCGAUGAGUUCCCAAAGCUGCACCGGCGGCUAGACGUCCCAGCUGAGUUCCACAUCGCGUCUGCGGGCGACGAAGAAAGCACGGCGUUUGAGCUGUCGUCUGUUGACCGCCAGGCGACGCGAAUGGCGAAGCGCGACUGCGACAGCGUGGAAAGCUAUCUUGAGAAAGUACGUACGCGCGAGAUUGUCGGCGUGCAGGAUUUCGACUGGGUGCACGAGAUCAUUCCGACGCCCAACAUCACGGACCGCGAUACGCUCGUCACGCUGGCCAAGAUGACGGCGGACGCAUACGUCGGGUUGCCGGAUAAUGCGAACUGGCUGGACGUCGGUGUGCCGUAUAAUCGCAGCUCAGACUUUGGGUGGGACGCGGCGGGAAUUAGAGGACAUGUGUUUGCGGAUGAGAAGAAUAAGACGGUUGUUAUUGCGAUCAAGGGCACGAGUGCUGCGCUGUUUGAUAGCGAUGGCGAGACUGCGCCUAGUGAUAAGAUAAACGACAAUCUUCUGUUUUCAUGCUGCUGCUCGCGCGUCAGCUACAUGUGGAAAACUGUAUGUGACUGCUACGACUCGACCUACACCUGCAAGCAAGACUGCGUCGAAGACGCUCUCUACGAAGAAGACAAGUACUACCGCGCCGUGCUCGACAUCUACCGCAACACCACCUCGAUCUACCCGGACGCCACGAUCUGGCUCACAGGCCACUCCCUCGGCGGCGCCAUGGCCUCUCUCCUCGGCCGCACCUACGCCGCUCCCACCGUCACUUUCGAAGCCCCGCCGGAGAAGCUGGCCGCGAAGCGACUGCACCUCCCGUUUCCGCCUAUCCCGGAGGAAGAAACGAUGAUCUGGCAUAUCGGCAACACCGCCGACCCGAUCUACAUGGGCGUCUGCAACGGCCCGUCGUCGAUCUGCUGGAUGGGCGGCUACGCGAUGGAGACGCAGUGCCACUCUGCGCUCGAGUGCGUGUACGACACCGUCAAUGAUAAGAACUGGAGAGUGUCGAGCACCAACCAUCGGAUCCGGAACGUGGUCGAGAUGAUUGCGUCGUAUAAUUCUACGCCGACGUGCGUGGCGAAUACAGAGUGCCAGGAUUGCUUCGAUUGGAGUUACAUCUGA